AAACAAAAAGUAAUUAUCUUCGUAUGUGGAAGAUGUCAAGCAAAUUAUGCAUCUGUUCUUUGGUUUGAAUGUUUAUGCUAUAAUUUAUUAUUUUAGAAAGUAAACAAGAAAGAGCUAUACGUAAACAAUAACGACGUGCCUGAAUUUUCAUCUAAUUUCUCAGUAGGAACUAGAAAUAGGGUCAUGAAUAUGUCCUGAGAAUGUGAGGGCUGCCAAAAUACACUGGAGAAGCUUUUCAGAGAAAAACAGUAGAUAUCAAAUAACUGUUGAGUCAUAAAACCCAGAUGUUGGUUACAGCUCACAUUGGUGAGAAGUAUAUAAUCACCAGCACUAUAGCUGCCCAAUGCCCAUUUCUGCUUCGAGAACUUCCCCGAAAGCCUGUUUCUAAUUUUGUGGAAACCCUUCGAAAUUUGGCGCAGUUUGCUAAAGUAUGUAGGAAAAAAAAAAAAAGUCUGCCAGAGGUUUGGCCUCUAACUGUGAAAACAGACACUGCCUUUUCCAACUCCUCUGCUAGAUCCGCUGACCGGCUCACAGAAAAAAAGAGUUUGUGUUCUUUAGGAAGACUGCAGAAAAAAUGAAGACCCGGCUAAAAGUACUAUUUGGCGUGGUUGUAUGUGUUUUACUUUCCUUAUUACUUAUGUGUAUUUUACUGCUUCCAUCCAAAGUUGUCACCACAGCUGAUGGUCCUAGAGCUCUUACACUGGACGAUUACUUGAAUGGAAAUUUUCAAUAUAAAACAUAUUUUCCAUACUGGGUGUCAGAUAACGAAUAUCUUCACCGGAAUCCAGAAGAUGAUAUUAUUCUUUUCAAUGUUGAGUUGAACUACCUAACUACCAUCAUGACCAACAGCACAAUGAAACAAGUUAAUGCUUCGAAUUAUGUGAUGUCAUCAGACAAAUACUUCAUAGCUCUAGAGAGCAAUUAUUCAAAGCUGUGGAGAUAUUCUUAUACUGCAUCAUACCACAUUUAUGAUCUCAUAUAUGGUGGUUUUGUAACAGAAAAUCAGCUUCCACAUAAAAUUCAAUAUAUAUCCUGGUCACCCGUUGGACACAAAUUGGCAUAUGUUUACCAAAAUAAUAUCUAUUUGAAACAAAGCCCAAGAGAGGCACCAAUUAAACUAACUAGUGAUGGAAAAGAAAAUGAAAUAUUUAAUGGGAUACCAGAUUGGGUCUAUGAAGAGGAAAUGCUAGCAACAAAAUAUGCAUUGUGGUGGUCUCCAAGUGGAAAAUACUUAGCAUAUGUACAAUUUAAUGAUUCUGACAUACCAGUAAUUGAAUAUUCGUAUUUUGGUGAGGACCAGUACCCAAGAAAAAUAAUUAUCCCAUACCCCAAGGCAGGUGCUAAAAAUCCUACAGUUAAAGUGUUUAUUGUAGACACUACUAACACUGAAGCAUUUGGUCCCAAAGAGGUGCCUGUACCUGCAGUGAUCGCAUCAAGUGAUCAUUAUUUUACUUGGCUUACUUGGGUAACAGAUAAUCGAGUUGGUGUGCAAUGGCUAAAGAGAAUCCAGAAUUUUUCAGUCUUAGCUAUUUGUGACUUCAAUGAAAAUUCAAAUACUUGGGACUGUCCAGAGAGUCAACAGCACAUAGAGGAAAGUCAAACAGGAUGGGCAGGCGGAUUCUUUGUUUCUGCACCAUAUUUUACCUCAGACGGCAGUUCGUACUACAAAAUUUUUAGUGACAAAAAUGGUUAUAAGCAUAUACAUUACAUCAAUGGUUCUGUGGAGAAUGCGAUCCAAAUUACAAGUGGAGAAUGGGAGGCAAUAUAUAUUUUUAGAGUAACAAAUGAUGCAAUUUUCUACUCAAGCAAUGAAUUUGAAGGCUAUCCAGGAAGAAGAAAUAUUUACAAAAUUAGUAUUGGAAGUAAGCCUAUCAGAAAACUAUGCAUUACUUGCAGUUUACGGAAAGAGAGAUGUCAAUAUUAUACAGCAAGGUUCAGUGAACGCUCUAAGUAUUAUGCCCUGAUCUGUUAUGGUCCCGGGAUUCCUAUUUCUACUCUUUUUGAGAAUGAAAGUGAUAGAGAGCUCAGAAUAUUAGAAGACAAUCAGGAAUUGCAGUCUGCUUUGCAAGAGAUCUUACUACCUAAAGAAGAAAUUAAUAAACUUGAAGUGGAUGGUAUAACUUUGUGGUACAAAAUGCUUGUACCUCCACAAUUUGACAGAUCUAAGAAGUACCCACUGCUUAUUCAAGUGUAUGGAGGACCAUGCAGUCAGAAUGUAAAACACACAUUUAGCAUUAGCUGGAUAACCUAUCUAGCAAGCAAAGAGGGAAUUAUUGUUGCUCUAGUAGAUGGCAGAGGAACAGCCUAUCAAGGUGACAAGAUUUUGCAUGCAGUUUAUCGAAGACUAGGAGUCUAUGAAGUUGAGGAUCAAAUCUCAGCAGUGAAGAAAUUUAUAGAAAUGGGCUUUAUUGAUGAGAAACGAAUAGCAAUAUGGGGCUGGUCCUAUGGUGGAUAUGUAAGCUCUCUGGCACUUGGAUCUGGCAGUGGAGUAUUUAAAUGCGGAAUAGCUGUGGCUCCUGUUUCCAGCUGGGAAUAUUACGCAUCUAUCUACACAGAACGAUUUAUGGGUCUUCCUGUAGAGUCGGAUAAUCUUGAGCACUAUAAGAAUUCAACUGUGAUGGCAAGAGCAAAGAAUUUCCAAAACGUUGAGUAUCUUCUCAUUCAUGGAACAGCAGAUGAUAACGUACAUUUUCAGAACUCAGCACAAAUAGCAAAAGCUCUGGUUAAUGCACAGGUGGAUUUCCAAGCAAUGUGGUACACUGACCAGAACCAUGGAAUUCCAGGACUUUCCAGCAAACAUCUCUACACACAUAUGACCCACUUCCUCAAACAGUGUUUUUCUAUGUCAGAAUAGGUAGGCUACUCAGAGAAUGCUAAGUCAUCUGAUGUAUCUCUGAGGGAAUACCAUGAUAGUAGUGCCCAAGUUGUAUCAUAUUCAGGUAAAUUGAUAUCAGGAUCUUUUUAAGUUUAUAAUUUGAUAUUUACAUCCAUUUUUGAGAUUAGCAGAUGUUAUGCUAAUACAUGUUUUGGCACAUUUAACACCUGUUUGAUAGCAAAAAAUAAAAUCAGAAUGUAACAUGGCAUGUGCAUUUAUUGCCAUCUUGCUUAAAUCACAAUCUGCAUUCCAAAGGUAGGUGGUCCACUGCAAAGGCAUUCUGCCAAAUGAAUAUGAUUACAUUUGUUAACUAUAACUGUAAAAUGGGCAGGGACAAGGAAAGCAGUACAAGUAACUAAUUAACAUCCUAGCAAGAACUAGUUUUUCAAAAUGUAUGUAUUUCCAGUUUCUUGGAAACAAUCCAAGCAGAGACGGGAACAUAAUAUUUGAAGCUGUAGCAUGGAUAAUUAUUGAAUGUUCUAUUCAAAUUAUGUUCAGCUUUUUUUAAAGCCCUUGUUCUGCAAAACCAUGUAUUCAGGUUUAAUUGUGGAAGCAGGAAAUUUACAAUAUCUAUUUUAUCUCAGUGGUUGUUUUUUUUUUGUCUGAUUUGAGAAUAUGUUAGACAUUUCAACCUGUUCUUACUCAUUACCGCAAUGUUCACAUUUAUUUUAAUGUCAUUCAUCCCAGACUGGUGGGGAAAGAAUCAAAGGAAUAUGCAGGCCUUCUUUGUUUAGUUUCCAUUUAAACUGUUUUAGAGCAUUGUGUAAAAACUCUGGAAGUAAAUAGUAACUGUAUCACAUAUAUUCUUUUAAUUGGUAAUUAAAUGAGUCCAGUCAUAAUAUAAGAAUAUGAGCAAGAAAAUUGGCAGGAGAUCCAUUGUAGAUGUCCGUAUGUUUAAAAAAUUCUGAAUUAGCCCACUGUCUAAGAACUGUUGUCUGUCUAACGUAGUAUCUCAGUUCUGCUAUUAACAAGUAAGUUCAAAAUAACCUGAAAAAACAGUGGAGUAGAAUUCCCACAACAACAAAGAAAAGAAAAAGAAAAAUAAGCUCUUCCCAACUCCUAGAGUCUGGCUGUUGCUUGAGGAACAAGCACAAAUAGAGUUGUGCCUUUUAAUUUGACUCUUGACAAAACAUGGGGUUUAGUCAAAAUCUUUGAGAUGUAGAAGUGAUUUGCUAUGCAAUGUCUUCCUUCAUUUUGUUAAUGGCAAUAUCAAAUCUGAUUUUCUGCACAUGAGAACAUUUCUCAGACAUCUUUAUGUAAAUGUAGUUGCCAAGCUGUUUGUAAUAGUUAAAUCAUACUUUGAUAGGAACUCUUCAGAAAAUACUCAAUUAGUUCAGGUUUUGUUGGAAACACUGCCAAUUACACGAUGUUAAUGAGCUUUUUGUUAGUAAUGUAAUUAAAAUGUGACUGCUAUAAUGGUUAAAGGAAAAAAUUACAGCUCUACAAAAGUUAAUGUUAAGCAAAUAUAACAUAAAGGAGGGCUAAUUAGAUGUUGAUUAUAUGGUCCUAUGUGCAUUUGCUGUAAACAGCAAUACUGUCAGUGAUGUGAUUGUUCUACAAAUAAGGAAUACAAUUCAGUUGCAAUUACUGAGAUUUAACUAUCAUUUUUCUGUAUUGAUACAACCCCACAAAAACUACUGCAAUUUUUUUUUUGUGUGUGUGUGUGUGUGUGUGUGUGAAAGAGAAUAAAAUUAGAGUAUUGCAACAGAUGUUUAAAGGUUUUAGAUACCUGAAUAAGCCAAUAGGAACCCAGAUCAGUUUUCAAAAUGCAUGCUAUCAAGCUCAUAUUAAACAUUAAUUUUUCUGAUUCUGCAACUUCGUUUAUAUUUUUGAAAAUCCUCCAGGCCUUAGAAAUCUGACCAGACAAACUAACCCCUUGUGGACACUAUGACACUACACAUAAUAAUGUAAUACAAUGCACUGUUUACAUCUUGACCACAGAUCUGUAGUCCAAAGCUUCUGGAUUUAUUUAAGACAAGGGACGUUUGUGGAAACUGUGUCAAAUAAAAUAACAGAAGGUGCCUUUUUUUCCCAAGGGAUGUAUUAGCUGUUUCAGCCUUUA